CGAGAUCUCGCGUCCGAAGGAUGGUGUUGUGUUAGAGGCAGUGGGGAGAAGGGUGAGGGGUAUCCACAAAGAUGUUGCGUGAUUUUUGGGAAAUUUAUUUAUUUAAAUAAAAAUGGCCGCCGCAGAGAGCGGAGAGGAGAGACUCAGAGGUGAGGACAAGAAUGAAGACCAGGAGGGCUCAAAAGACAAGACGCAGAAGCAGAAGAAAAACAAAAGGGAACGGCAAGAUGUGGAAAAACUCGAGGCCACAGUGUCCGUUCCUCCACCCCCGCCCCUCCUUACGCAGGGGGAUGUUGGACAACAGACAGAGGCAGGGAAGUCUGAACCCAUUGACCCUGAAGUUGGAGCUGCUCUCAGCGCUCCAGAAUCUUCCGCAUCAGCCAAGCAGCGGCGUUCCAUCAUUCGGGACAGAGGCCCACUGUAUGACGACCCUUCACUGCCUCAAGGUUGGACGCGCAAGCUAAAACAGCGCAAGUCGGGGCGAUCCGCUGGAAAAUUUGAUGUCUACCUGAUCAACCCAGAAGGGAAAGCCUUCCGUUCCAAAGUGGAGCUCAUGGCGUACUUCCAAAAGGUGGGUGAUACCACCACGGAUCCCAAUGACUUUGACUUCACAGUCACGGGCCGCGGGAGCCCCUCUCGCAGAGAAAAGAGACCACCAAAGAAGCCUAAAGUGGUCAAACCUUCUGGUCGAGGGAGGGGUCGGCCCAAAGGCAGCGGCAAGGUACGGCAGGCCACAGAAGGGGUGGCUGUGAAGCGUGUCAUUGAAAAGAGUCCAGGAAAACUCCUUGUAAAGAUGCCCUUUGUGGUCCCCAAAACUGAACCAGGGGCUCCAGUGGUGCAAGCCGUAGUUGCCAAAGUUCGCCGAGGGCGCAAGCGGAAAUCAGAACAGGAACCACCGAGCACCCCCAAAAAACGUGGCCGCAAGCCAGCAGCUGCUUCACAGUCAGCGGUGGGGACGGGUUCAGCUGCUGCAUACACGACCGCGGCAAUUCUCACCGCCGAGGCCAAGAAAAAAGCUCAGAAGGAGUCUUCCGUAAAGCCUGUUCAGGAGAGGGCACUUCCCAUCAAGAAACGCAAAACUCGAGAGACUUUAGAGGAGUUGGAAGGAUCCACCACCUCCACGACAGAGACGUUUGUUCCCGUGAUCGCAAAACGACUGACUGCAUCAACUGUGACCCCUACAGGGGAGGAGGUAGAAAUGGGACAGAAGUCUCACAAGCAUCCCGGCCGGAAGCACAAAGAGGCGUCUACAGAUCCGGGGAACGGCAGCAGCAGCAGCAGCAGCGGGACGGUAACCAGCGGCAGUGGCAGCGGACCGAAGGGUCACAAGAAGAGAGAUCAUCGAGGGCAGCACUUUAAACACCACCACCACCAUCACCACCACCAACACCACCAUCUACAGGCCAUGCCGCCCUCCACCUACACUCCACAGGCUCACCAGCUCUCCCUGGGUCACUCCACGCAAGGGGGGCCGCUUGUGACAACAGAAAACGAACCCCAGGACUUGAGCACCUCCAGGCCCAAAGUGGAACAUGUGGCCUUCCGGGAGGAAGCAAAAACUGAUAGCUCCUCGAGCAGGGACACUCAGAACGCAAGCAAGAUGGCCUCCUCUGACCUGAGAGGGCAGCAGAAGACUGUGACGGGGGAUGGCAAGGAGCUGAGAGACAUUGUUCCUCCCUCCGCCGUUCCGAGGCCGAGCCGCGAGGAAACAGUCGAGUCCCGGACACCAGUGAGCGAGCCAGUGAGCUGACUGACUAAGUGAUGGAUCGGGUGCGGCUUUGCGUCCCGAAGAGUUGGAGGGCGGUCGCAGCGGGACGAGUGAUUUUUUGUUCUUUUUUACUGAUGAAAAAAGAAAAAGGAAACAAAAAUAUACAAAAAUGUAAACGUACUUCUACAAAAGGCAGCUGUUGUGUCUCGUUCUCUCUGUGGGUUGGACGCGGGGCGAUAAUUGCUUCCGGAUGAAUUCUCUGCUAACCUUUUUCUUUAUGGUUUCCUUUCAUUUCCCACUAUAUCUUUGUAUUAGUAUAUCUUAGCACUCACCUAAACCAGUUAUUCCUUUGUCAGAGCUUGUAGGAAGUAGAAACACACUCAAGUGGUAAUGAAGUCACAUGCCAUAGUUAUCGUAAAGCGAAACUUUCCGGUCAAAGAUGCUCUCGAAAGUACUAAAAUGCAGCAUAGUCAUGUCAUCUCAACCCUAGAAAAAAAGGUGUCCUAUCAAUGUGUUCUUCCUUUUGUGUCUAAAACGAAGGGGCAAAUCCGGCAAGCUGAAGAAAAGAAGGGCCACAUUUUCGAUCUUCAUCUUUUCCAUUUGAGUCGGACGCAGCUGUUGCAGCAUCAUCACCUUUGAAAUAAGACGCUAGCUUAACUCUGACAGAAAAGAACUUCCUAGUUGUGGGUUUGUGCCAAGCUGAUAUUUCCAGCCUGUUGAUCUGUAAAGAUAAAUUGAAUUUAGAAGCAGUAUUUCCUUUUUAAGUUGUUGGUAUUUUCAGUGCACAUGUCUAUUAAUUAUCUGUAGUUUGGUUAACCUAAUAAUCACCAGUUUCGGAGAUGCCUGAGAAAAUGCAACUAGAGCGGAAAGCACUAUUUUUCAUUUUCUCUGGUGGGGAAGAUAAAGCACAAAUGUAUUUGUUAGGGAGCAUUGAAAGCACAGUCCAGUGUAGCAUCUUGAGUAGAUGUCAACUUGCGUAAAAAAAAAAAAACGAGAAAAGGAAUUUGUUAUGUUUACCUGCUUUUUUUCCCCCAUGAAGUACAGUAUAAAUAGUGGGCGUGUGUUCUUACGACACAAAUCCCAACCAAAAAAAAAAAAAAAAAAGCAUACAGUUUCAAAUGUAGCUUUUGGUUUUAUCAUGUGUGGUUCUAGACUUAUCCCAUAGAGCUGCUGUUCUGGAAACGAUUCUGACGGAAACGUUAAUAGAUGGCUAUAUUUAUAUAAUGUCUUGUCAGGCUGUAGUUGUGUCAAAUGCAUGGGUUGCUGAUGUUUGCGUGCUUUGCGUGCUAUUUAUUACAGUACUCUGACAUUGUCUUUCUUGUACAUAAAGGUUUAUAAAGCCAGGUUCAGCACUGAUGAUGAGGGUUAAUUGUUAUAGAUACAUAAAUAUUUUGAAUUAUGAGUAUUAUGAAACAUUACUUGGCAACAAAUGAAAGAAAACCUUGCAUACAUUGUACAACACCAUGCAAUCAUGAAUAGUUCUGUUAGUUUUCUAAAGUCUGCUUUCUCAAAAUGACGAAGAAUAUUUGCAAUCAGAAAGAAGGACACCAAAUCAUGGCUCCGUGCAUAAAGUUGUGAGAGAUUGAACGUACUAAAGAUGUCUUGGUAAUUCAUUUGAUUGUACCUUUGAGAUGAUCAAUUUCUGAAUUUCCUUAAGAUCAUGUUCUUUGUUGGUUAUGUAAAAUUAGGAUUUUACAGAAAAUAUACAGCACUUUUUCCAUUUAAUUUUAGUUUCUUCUUCUAGAUGAAAUGCACCUUACUUUUAAAACACUUUCACAGAAUUGAACAUUGGAAUUGUGAGAAGCAUACCAAUUUAUUUGCGUAUAUUUUUCUGGUUAGGUUGUAACUUUCUUCAGAUGUGUGUCAGCAUCAUAGAAUGCAUGUUCAGUGUAGUUAUUAAGAUCCAUUCUUUUGUUUAGAUUUGCUUUCUCUGUGCAAAUACCCCAUAUUUACCAAAUUAUCACACAUAAAGGCUACAUUUGACUUACAGUAGUGUUGGGUCAGAGGCCAGCUUGUUAGGUCGAGUCGAGUUUAAAGUCCUUAGUCAAUUGAGUUUGAGUGGGAAACCAUUAUUAAUGUAUUGUCAUCUUAAUUUGUUGUUGUUACUCUUUUUAACGUUCAUGUUAUACAUGAUGUGCAUUCAAUUGUACUCAGUAAAAGAAAGUCCUAAAUGUCCGAGUUCAUUCAUAAUUGCAGUUUGAAUCCUAUAUAUCUAUAUCUGUAUAUAUAUGACCCUGGAUCACAAAACCAAAAUGUCUUAAGUCGCUUUGUUAUAUUUGUAGCAAUAGCAAAAAAAAACAUUGUAUGGGUCAAAACUUUCGAUUUUUCUUCUAUGAAAGUAAAGAUCAUGUUCCAUGAAGAUAUUUUGUAAAUUUCCCACUGUAAAUAUAUCAGAACUUAAUUUCUGAUUGGUAAUAUGCAUUGCUAAGAACUUUAUUUGGACAAGUUUAAAGGUGAUUUUCUCAGUAUUUUUUUUUGCGCCCUCAGAUUCCAGACUUUCAAAUAAUUGUAUCUCGGCCUAAUAUUGUCCGAUCCUAAUAAACCAUACAUCAAUGGAAAGCUUAUUUAUUCAACUUUCAGAUAAUGCAUAAAUGUCAAUUUCGAAAGAAAAUUACACUUUAGACUGGUUUUGUGGUCCAGGGUCAGGGACAUAUAUAUAUCUCCAAGCCAAAUAAACCAUACCAUUUUUUUUUAUCAAUCUUUACAGAUCUCUGGGUCUGAUGUCAUCACAGAUUGUGAGGGUUUGAGGUGUUGUCCUUUUCCCCACAAAGUAUUGUGUUCAGUUUUGUCUCUGUAUACAUUACUAGUUAUUGUGGCUUGGGUGAUGGAUGUGAUUUGCCACUGACAUAAAGGCUAAAAAAAGAUGUACUACUAAACCUUGAUUAGAGUCAUAUCACUCAGCACUUAAACCUUUUCAUCUGGUAGUUCAACUAGAGUAGUUGUUUUGGAUGUUCGCUGUUGUUUAGGGAUUGAAAUGCAUGCGAGAGAACUUACCAGUCCUAUUUUUUCCAAUUGUGUUUUAGAGUAGCCUUGUUGUCUGCUAUGUCAAAUACAUUUAAAGAAAAAAUAAUAAUUUUAUGUUUUUUAGAUUAAAUUACAAUCGACAAUCACAAGGAACAUAUUUAUUUCCCCCCUCAAUCUUAUUAAGAUUGAAAGCAUCUCCACUCUCUUCCUCCAGCCUCCCGCUCCCUCGACCGGUUAGAGGCAAUGAAAAUAAAAGAGCGUUUCUGCUCAGAACAAGGGCUAUGUAAUCAUUUCAAGUAGUCAAAAGCAGAUGAAGGAAAUGUAUUUUGACGUUGUGACGUUGUGACCUGUCUGCGGUGAACGUCUCCCUGGUUUGACUAAACUCGAGCUGGAGAUUGGAGGUAGACGAAUGGAUUCCUUUACCUUGAACUCGGCAAGCACAUUGUCAGUUACAGGAACGAAACCUCCAGACAUGAAUUGAAGUUACGACUCACAACUCUCGACUCACAAGCUGAAUCAGUCUGGCGGACACAGAAGGGGUAGUGCCUUUAUUUUGGGAGACUUACUAAGGUGGUAGAAGUGACCUUUGAAUCUAAAGAAACGCCUUUAUCCCAACGAAGCAACGUGGAUGAUGAAUUUACUCAAAUGCUUGGAUUUUAUUUGGUCAUUUUUCAUAGGUAGAACGUGCACUGGUGUGUGUGUGUGUGUGUGUGUGUGUGCGUGUGUGUGUGUGUGUGUGUGUGUGUGCGUGUGUGUGUGUGUGUGUGUGUGUGUGUGUGUGUUGUAACUAGGGUUUCAUUAUUGUCCAUUUUUCUUUUUUCCAUCAGCUGGGCAUUUCUGUCCACCUAGAAAUGAUGUAUUGUUAAAAACCCUCUGCUUUAUGAACUUCUUGCCUUUUGUAGCGCUCGAAGCCCACUGACAAAAAUGGAGCCCUACAAAUUGGUAAAUACAGAAUAAGAAGAUUACUUUUAUUAUUUAUAUAUAUAUUGGUUUGUUUGUUUUUUUUUGUUUUUUUUCUCAUUUGGGUUAUUUGUGCCUCUGGCAGUGAAGUAUGCUUUGGAAUGUCCUUGUGUCCCUGUAGCCAAAAAUACAUGCUAUGUACGUGAACAUGUAUCAAUAUGCAUGAUUGCCAUUAGAAGAUAGGACAUUGCUUGCCCUUGACUAUUAUAUAUAAGAUGUUUUCAAACAGCACUCCCAAGAGCUGAGCCCAACCACACCAACCGAAUCUGAAGGGUUUCAUGAGGUAUAAAAUCCUGAAUGUGUUCUGUUUAAUGAAGUUUGUGCACUUCGGUCUGUUUGAUAUGAACAGACUUAUUUCAUUGAAGCAUUUAGCUGAUGGUAGCUGAGUUUGGGCUGCUAACGCCACUACUUGUAGAUUUCUGUGUUAGAUUUUUUAUUUUAUUUUAUUUUUUAAUUAUAAAUCCAACAUUGAAAAUAGACCGUUUUAUCUUCGUAGCAAUAGUAUGAUAAUAUACCCAGCAGAUCCGAAAUGAGUUUUCUCCUUUAGUAUGUCUCUGAUUUGUGUAACAGUGGGAUUGAAGUCAAAGAAAUUUACCCUUAUGACUAAAAUGCAACACUUUGAAUUGAGCAAGGAGGACAAUUUAAAGUCAAAUGAAAUGGAAGUUAAACUACAAGAACUAGAUUCCAGAUCCACGGUGGUAGAAAGUUCAUGGUCUGUUUAACAUAGUCUUGUGCCUUGAAGUUUCAGUAAUAGAAUGUAUCUUUCUACUGUAGUUGUAUUUUUAUUCUGAGUCAUGUGUUUGCCUCUUGUUGGUAUUCAGUGCUUUGGAUGUAUUAAGGAUUUAUAAAGAUUAAGAAUAUGUUUGCCUUGCUUUAUUUUCUUAAUUGAGAGAAAAAAAAGGAAAACAUUAGGGUGAUGUACUUGGGCAAUAUUGAUGAUGUAAAAAGCUAUAGGAUUUUUAUGUUUUUUUUUUUCAUCCCUGUUAUGUUGAAUGUCUCACAGUUUAUUGGGUACUGUGUGUUUGUUGGGAAAUAUUCACCAUUUCGACAUGACCAUAUAAAAAACUCGGCCUCAAACAUAAUCUUCCAAUCACAUUGCAUUUUAUGUGGAAAAGAAAAAUCCUUCAAUCUUGACCGGAAGGACAACAAGUCUAAGAUCUGCACUUUAUAAAGUAUGUUUCCCGACAGGACACCCAUUAACUUUUUUAUGUAUUUUUUACCUGUCCAAAGCAGUUUUGUUUUCAUAUUAUUUUUUGAUUUAGUUUUAAAUAAAAGGGAUGGGUAGUAUGUAUCUAAAAAAAAAAAAAGUUAUUUUAACCAAACAAUCCUACAGACUAGGUGUCAGUGGUUAUUCACCAUCUGCCCAGCUAAGUCCUUGCCUUCCUGAAAGUGAAAAGUAUAGUUUGUGUCUACUUUUAUAGUACUGUGUUACUGUAUCAUUUGUUUGCCGUAUGUAACAGAUACACAAUAGUAAACAACAUUUACCUGC